AUGGAAACAGUUCGAAAUAGUUUCAUAUCGGGAUCAAUGUCUAUGAAUGAUAUUAUUAAUCUUCUUCGUCUUCGUAGUUCUACACAACAGCAAUACAAUGCCAAACAACUUGAUGUAUCUAAUGACGUUAUUGAAGAAAAUGUUCGAACUCUCUUAGAACAAGAUUAUGUGUGUCGAUAUGUCUCCAAUACAAACGGUGAAUUAUCAUCAGCUUAUCCACGUUAA